AUGUCCAGCCUAUGGUCUAGCAUGGAGUCCAGUCCAGAGCCAAUGUCUAACAACUACUCGACCACCGAGUAUUCUUUCCGAGAAGACGAAGCUGAUGCCAUCAUCAAGACCGUCGGCUUCGGCAGCCGCUGGUACGAUGAAAUGGCGGUGCGAUUCCCCCCCGAGGAUCAUGCGGACGCAGUGUCAUCUCUGUCGCAGCCCUUCAACAGAAUAUCGACAGAACGAUUGGGAUCGCUCGACUGUCUGCCUUUGGAGUUGCUACAAGAUGUGAUGUUGCGUCUCGACCUUCAGUCGCUGUUCAGAUUCCGGCAAAGUAACGCAAAAGCGCGAGAGAUGGUGGGAACGCUCAAGGAUCUGUACACACUUCGGCACGUACAACACACUGCCGAAAUCUCGCUUCACGAUCUAGCCCAGCUCGUGUGCACCAAGGACUGCGCCGUCUGCGGCGACUUUGCGUCGAUGAUUUUUCUUCCCCCGUGGAUUAGGUACUGCUACACAUGUCUGUUCGUCAGCUGUGAGGCUUCUGUGCAGACAAAGGCUUGGGUGCGCAAAAAUCUUUCCCUGAACAAGGCACAAGUUAAAAAGCUCGCAACGUUGAAGACCUUGGCAGGCAGCUACGACAAAAGCGGCCGCACCGUCUUCAAGGUUAGGAAAGACAUCAUCUCCUUGUACCGGGCGUGCAAGGUGGCCGGUGUUGCGCGACUUUGUGAGACUUUCAAACGGCUAUCAUCAGCUAUUUGCCUCAUGGCUUGUUGCUGUGCCCCAUACUACAAUACCCGGGCCGGCAAAGUCACCCACGGGUUUCGAUGUGCCGGUUGUUACAAGUGGUACAUGGAUCAGUUGGAGUUGGAUGAUGACUUCUGGCUGGGAUCACCAAUGGAGAUGUUGGAAAGUCGUGCCGAUUCGGCGUUGCAUGACCGCGACAGCUUCCUCGAGCACUUCAAGCGAUGUGGAGAAGGCCAGCGUCUCUGGGAAUCAAGUGAUGGAGGCUCCCUGCUACCGGUAGUGCCAAUACUUGAAAAGUACCGAUUGACUGAGUGA